CUUAUAAUAAGCCCCACCAAUAUUUCAUUCUCUUGUUCUUUCUGAUCUGCACUGAAUUUUUAGGGCUUUUUAUCUUUUUUUCUCUGUGCAUGCUUUGAUCCAUCUUUCUGUGGGGUUCAGUCCGUCGAUGAGGAAGCCUUGCUGUGAAAAGAAAGAGACUAACAGAGGAUCAUGGUCCCGGGAAGAAGACCAGAAACUCAGUGAUUACAUCAAACAACACGGCGAAGGUUGUUGGCGUUCACUUCCUAAGGCUGCGGGGUUGCGUCGUUGUGGUAAGAGUUGCAGACUCAGAUGGAUAAAUUAUCUAAGGCCAGGCCUUAAACGCGGCAACUUUGGAGAAGAUGAAGAGGAUUUGAUCAUCAGGCUUCAUGCUCUCCUCGGAAACCGAUGGUCACUGAUAGCGGGAAGGUUGCCUGGACGAACGGACAACGAGGUAAAGAACUACUGGAACUCUCAUCUAAGGAAAAAGCUAAUACAGAUGGGAAUUGAUCCUAAAAAACCACAUCAGCUGGGAGGGAGAGCAAUUUCUUGUGCUGGAAGACCAUUUUUAUCCAAGAAUGAAGCGCCUAAGCAGCUACUGACCAUCCAUCGGAAUGACAAUCAUCAGGUCCUGAAAUUUGAGAGCAGUCUUCACAUCAAAACCUGUCUGCCAGACUUGAAUCUUGAUCUUACUCUAAGCAGCACAGCUCUAAGUACUACUCUUGUGGAAGAGAGAGCUAGCUAGCUACCCAUCGAAAACUUACAAAAGUUGCUCGUUUUCAUGGCAUCUGAUCUUCUAUAAUCAAAGUAGUUAGUCAUAUAUAUAUGAUCUGUUGGUGCAGAACUGGAGAUUGACUAAAAAUUAAUACCAUCUAAACUUAUCUCACGUAUUUUAGCAGUGGAGGAGUUAUAUAUUUAUAGCAUGUUAAUGGUUGUGAUGAAUAUAUUCGUGUGAAGUAGUACUAUAUGGCUAGAGAUUGUAUUUUUCUAAAUGUCUCAUCAAGCCAUGCCUACUUUUCAAUGUAAUUUGACUGUAGUUAGUACUACUUUAGGUAUAUAUUUCUAACAAGCAUAUGUAUGCUUCAGUGCUCAUUUACAGUA